AUGGUGCUGGCAGAGCAAAAGGUAACAAUUUCCUAUAUGAAAGCAUGGAACACAAAGGAAUUGGCCAUGAAUGCUGCCCGAGGUAACGAAGAAGAAGGUUAUCGUUUUUUGGCAACGUAUCUGCAUUUGGUAGAGUCGACGAAUCCAGGGACGAUCCACGAUAUUAAGACAUCAGUUGAUAAAAAAGGGAAUACUAAGUUUAAAUACUUAUUUUUUGCGUUUGGUGCCUCCAUCAGUGGGUUUCAGUAUUUGACAAAAGUUAUUGUAAUCGAUGGUACAACUAUGAAAGGUAAAUACAAAGGAUGUCUUGUUGCGGCCAGUGGCCAAGAUGGGAAUAUGCAGAUAUUCCCACUCGCUUUUGGAGUAGUCGAAGUAGAGAAUGACAGUGGUUGGGUAUGGUUUUUUAAACAUUUACAAAAAUUUUUCCCCGAUGAAGAAGAUUUGGUUUUUGUGUCAGACAGGCAUGCAUCCAUUUACUCAGCACUCGGCAAGGUAUAUCCACUGGCGCACCAUGUCGCAAGUUCAGCCCACCUAUUUAGGAAUGUGAAGCAUAAAUUCCACUGUGGUGGUCUUGCUAAGAUGGGUUCAAAAGCUGCGAGAGCCUACACAAUCGGUGAUUUCGAGUACUGGUGGAAAGAAAGAGAGGAUCGCAAGUCAGCUUGUGCGGCUUAUCUUAGAGACAUUGGUCUAUUGCAUUGGACACUAUCACACUUCUCUGGUAAUCGGUACAAUGUAAUGAGUAGCAACAUCUCUGAGUCCCUAAAGGCAGCAAUGGUUAGGGCGGUGGAUUAUCCUAUCGUGUCGAUGGUAGAAUUUAUUAGGGCUAUGUUGAUGCAGUGGUUUCACUGUAGGAGGACAAAAGCUUGUCAAACGAAAACCAAAUGUACACCAGAAAUAGAGGACAUGUUGAUAGACCACUUAGAAGAAUCGGUGGAUUGUGCUGUCUUUUCUGCCAGUGAAUGGAUAUACCAAGUUAACGAUGGAAUUGGGUGUACAUUCACUGUCGAUUUGGAGAAUAAAACAUGUACGUGCAGGGUGUUUGACAUCCUCAAGAUCCCCUGUUGCCACGCUUUGGCAGCCUCACAAGUGCAGGGAGUAGAUAAGUACUCACUGGUCAAUGCUAGUUACUUUGUUGGUCCUUGGUUGAGUAAGUACAAGGGUAUAAUCAUGCCAGUCCCAAAUGAGAAAGACACUGACAUCCUAGAAACAUGUACAGAGGUUGAUGUGAACCCACCAAACACAAAGCGAGCUGGUGGUAGACCACGUAAAAGAAGGAUCCCAUCUUAG